AAGUCUUUGGCUCAGAGGGAUGGCGGGAAGAUGGGUACGAGAACGGUACCAUAGUUUGGGGGAAGACGAUGGCCGUGGCGGCCGUGGCGGCCGUGGCGGCCGUGGCCGUUUUGUCGGUUUCACACGGCACGGCCUCAUUCGUUGCCGCGCAUCCGCCAUUUUGCUCCUGCUGGUGACUGUGGCCGUCACCGACACAUUCUUGACGCCACGGCAGAGGCACAUCGAGAAGGGCGAGGUGAAAUGGCCCAUAUGGUUCUUCACGUUACCCGCCUUACCAGCACCAGCAAUUGCGACAAGUGGAAGUCAGUCAGACAUCGACGCGUCGAACUCAUUGUCCAACAUCGGAGACUGGAUGUCCGACAUGAUGAACCAAGCAACUGGAGCUGCCGGAGCCGGUGAUGGUGACUUUUCAAUGGGAUCAGUUGCUUUUGUUGGGGCAGGACUCUUUCUUCUUUCAGGCGUUUUUGCAAUCUUGAAGUUCCUCUUGGCGGCGGUUGGAGGUCUAUUUGUGGUUCAGGAGGUCAGCAAAGAAGGUCUUCUUGAAAAGGCUUUGAAGCGCUUGGGUGGUGAACCUGGCGAUGUGUUGGAAGAGCGACGCCUCAAAGUGGUGCGAUUGAACGAUGAAGUCACAGCCUUUCAGGCUGCGUUGGCUGAGCAGGCAAUUGGCCCUGCAGUUGGGCAAGAGCUGCGGGACCGUCAGCGCCGGAAAAGAUUCACUUUUCUGUGGCAGCAGGUCUUGAAUGACAUCGUGAUGAGCGACUCUGAGAGAAACAAAGUGGAGGAAGCGGUCCUAAAGUAUUUGAAAGAAGAACAGCAACGCCAAAGGGAAUUCAGACCAGCUCGUUCUGAGUGGCUCUCGUCCAAUUUGCGAAGCUCUUGGUUUGGCUCAAUGUUCAAUGGAUAUGUAGUGACAUCCAGCUUGCAGAAAAAAGUUCGCUUGCAAGAAGAGCUAAUCGCCAAUAUCAGGAAGGCUCUGCCAGACGUGAAGAAGUUUGCAAAUCUGCAGAAGGUUCUUGCGAACGUGGACAUCUCUUGGUUGACGGACCUGGAUGUGGACGACGCUCAUUCGGCUCAGUCUCAGUCUGCUCAGACUCCCAAAACUGUUUAUGUUCUCUCCUUCGACGGAGACCCUACAGCUGCUGGCGCUAGCCUUUUGCAACAGGAAGUUACUGCGAUCUUGCAGUCGACAGUCCAGCCGGAGGAAGUUGUCCUGAAGCUGAAAAGCUCUGGAGGCACCGUAACUGGCUACGGCCUUGCUGCUGCUCAACUCUUACGAUUUCAGCAACACAAUAUCCGCUUGGUGGUUUGCGUGGAUGAACUGGCAGCAAGUGGAGGCUACAUGAUGGCCAGUUGUGCACAGCGCGUUCUCUGCUCUCCCUUCGCUGCGGUGGGAUCCAUCGGUGUGACGCCGGUCUAA